AUGUGUCUCACCAAGGUCUACUACAAUACUUAUGCGGACGGGGCCCAGGACAUCACCGAGAAGUCGUACCCUUGUCGAGACGGCAGGAGAUGCUCCCAUCCCGAGGUGCGCAGGUAUGACCGCAAGUUCCCUUUCACCAGGCUCGCAGACGUCCAGGCCGAGUCACGCCGGAGCCUCUCGGAACGCCAGCCGACCCCCUACUUUUCGAGCCGCACACCGCGCAGCGCCAAGUCGUCGUCACCGUCUGGGAGGCGCGACUCGGGCAUUUACAUGGGCGGCGGCUCCAACCCCAGCAGCAAGCAUCACGACUCCCACGACCUGUACGCUGCGGGUGGCUACGACACAUACGGCUACCGCAGCUCCUCGAAGCGGCAUGACCCCCGAGACUCUCUCGACUCACGCUACGAUCGCGACCGCGACCGCGACCGUGACCGCGAGCUGCGCCUCAAGCGCACCGUCACCGACCCCCACAUUGUGUACGUAGACCGCGGGCGCGACGACGGCAAAUCUUCCCGGUCCCGAUCCCGCUCGAGCAGCCGCGACAUCCCCUUGGGCCUGGUGCCGGUUGCAGAAGAAUACGGCCGGCGGCGCCGCCGGCAUUCGACCUCUCUCGAGCGCGACAGCAGCGACUACGGCUACUAUUCCGGACUCAAUCACGCCGACGCUGCCGCCGCCCCUUCCCGACGACGCACCGACGACCCGAAAGGGUACGUGAUCUACGACGACGACGACGAGCGCCGCCGGCAGCGCCGCGAGGCCAAGCGCCGCAACUCCACGUCCGGGUCCGGCUACCCGGACGAGGCCGCGGCCGCGCUGCCGGUGAGCAUGAUGGACCCCUACGGCAGCGCGUACGUGCCGCGACGCGCGCCCGGCGCUGCCGUCGUUCACCACCACAUCGACGGAUCCGCCUCGACCGCGACGGGCUCCUCCUCCUCCGCCAGCCGCAAACAACUCCGCUGGGAGGACGAGGUGCGCGCCCGGCGGGAGCGGCAGAACGCCGAGAUCGCCAGCCGGCCGCGCCUGUCGACGACGACGACGACGACGACGUCCGGGGAAAUCAAGGGGAUCCUGAAGCGCAGCGCGAGCGACCCGUGGGGGGGCAAGAGCAAGAGCAAGGGGAAAGCGCGGGAGGAGGCGGACGACAUCGCGGACCUGCGGCGGGCGAUCGAGAGGAUGGAGAUUCCCAGGGGCCGGGAUCGCCAGCCCCGGGGCCGGGACGAGUGGGACUGGAGCGGGAGCGGCGGCGGCGGCGGCGGGUAUGGGUAUGGGUACGACGAGAUGGAGAGCGGGAAGAGGAGCAAGAGGAGCCGGAUCUAUGCGGGUGACGGGUACAGGUACUGA